AUGGAACUUGAUGAAGCACUAUCUGAUCUCCUUGCCUUGAGAAAUUUAUAUGGGCUUCUUCAAAGUAUUAUUGGAUACAAUAAUGUUCCAAAUAUAAGCACAGGAAAUGCCUGCAAGUUGUUGGAUAAAAAAGCAAUUCAAUUAUUGAAGAAUCUUCUUGAUGAUGGCAAGGAAAGGCUUUUCAACAGUACACAGUCAGAGGUAAAUUUACUUUCAAUGAGUCAUGAUCAAUCAGGUAUAUUUAAGAGUCCGCAAGCCACAAAGUUAAACUCUCCUCAUGAAGUAGUUGUUUCCAGACUAAGCGUCACAUCAAACAAAGCUGAAAGCAAAGAGGACAGAAUUAGCCAUAUUAAUAAUGGUGAUGAACAGAAAAUCGAGAAGGCCCUAGAUCAUUCCGACACGAAAGGUGGCGAAAUAAUAAUAAGGAAAAGGAUUGAUUUCGAUAUAUCAAAUCCAAGUCCAAGCAAUAUUGUCACGAGUUCAGUUGGUUGUUCCACUUCAUUUGUAUCAGUUUCUACUGGGAAAAAGUCUGAUGAUGUUAGAGAGAUUAAUGACUUCUCUAAGGAAGUAGCAAAAGCAAUUAAACAAUUAGAUUCCCACAUUUUGGCUUUGCAACUUUUGAAGACUAGUACUCCUGUUAGAAACAAUGACAACACUUUGUUUAUGGCAUUAUUGGAGAGCAAGAUGAGUCGUGGUAUUGGCAAGUCAAGUUGGGGUGGAAAUGAAUCAUCGGGUCAGCUUGCGAGUCAGGCUUAUGAGAGUAGAUUUUCUGGUCAGAAUGUGAAGACAAUGGUGGACAAAAUCGAAUCGAUGAGCCAACCUGCUAGUGGUGCCAGUCAACGGACUAGCUAUGUUCAAGGCUUAAGGGUGCCACUCGAUCAGAAUGAUGAUCCCACAGUCAGGAAAGAAACAACUAGAGAAGAAAGGAGAUCAAUGGUACCACCCCUCAUGUCAUCUAAUGAUCAUCAUCAUCAACAGUUGAGUCGCAAGUUGAAUCAUGAGUCAAACAUGAGGAAGAAGAUAAAGCCAUUAACACAUCAGAUAAUCAUGAGGCCAACUCUACUGGACCAGACAGAUGAAGGUAAUCAGAGAAGAAAGAAAGCCCAACAAAAGAUAAUUAUGUCUUCCGGAGAGACCAGCUCAUCAAGUUCAUAUCCUUCAUCCUCACAAGGCCAAGAAAGUGAAAGUGGAUCGUAUUUGACUCCAAGCUCUGCAGAGGAUGACAAAAGCAUGCGACAAAGUAGCUCCAGUUCCGAAAGAACUGGACUAAGUCGGAGUAAAACAAAUGUACCAAACCAAAGGCCAGACUCGGAAAAAGGCAUCGGACGAUUGAGGAGGAUGAAAAACAAGUUAGGGUUCAUCUUCCAUCACCAGCAUCAUCAUCAUCAUCACCACCACCACCACCAUCACCAUAGCAACUGGAAGCUAUUGAAAAAUAUGUUCCACUCCAAGAAGAAAGAUGCAAAUAUUAGACAUGGAGGACUGGAAGCUACAAGGAAUAAUCAGAUGAAAAAAUCAGUGGUGAAAAGUAAUAAGAAGCAUGGCAGCCAGGACAAUGUAGGGAAAUUUCAUACUCUUGUGGAGGGGCUAGUACGGCAUGUGGGUGGCCACCAUUCAAAGAAAAAGCCCAAGAUGAAAAUUGAGGGUAAUAAGAAGUUGGUGAAGAGGAUCCAUUGGUGGCAACAGCUUCGUCGCCGUAAGGGAAUGAAGCUACCUAAUAGACGAGGCCGUGUUAAGGUAGGCUUUAACCGUAAAACACCAAAGCUAAAGCUAAAGAUGGGAUUGUAAAACAAGAGCUUAUUUAUGACUAAGAGCCAUUCUUCUAUCUAAAAGAUUAUUUAUUGAUGAAUAGUUUUUGAG